UAUGAUAGAAUCUAGAUUCUAGAUCCUAGAUCUAGAAGUUAGAAGUAACCUGUGUGUAAUAAAUCUAAUCUAGUCUAGAUUCUAUUUAAUAAAAUUGAAGAGGUUUAGGCCUAAUGUCAAUGUAGAUCUAGUAAGUAAUGUAGGUAGAUCACAUAAUUGUCAAAUUAUUUGCUGUCACUUACCGGUAAUGGCGACAAAAAUUGUAAAAUGUUCUAGAACCGUAGCUUAUUUACCUAGCUUUCACGCAGCAAGAAUUAGAUGGAGGACCUUCUCCUCAGCAUCUGAUAUACGAGAUCAUUUUCCUGAACUGACUGAAGAUACAGCAAAGACUGUGUGGCCAGACAAAAAACUUGGACUACUGGGCCCGCAGGACAAAAGGUUUUUAUUGCCAGGUCAGGUAGGGCCUUGUGUCAACCCUAAGAAAGUCACAGACCAGUUCAAGGUUAAGGCCGUUGAGUCGCCAGUGUUGGAUCUCGAUACAGCCUUACCAGAAACAUUGUUUCUACAUCACAGUGAUAUAGCUGAGCAGUUCUUAACAUCUAUUGAUGAGAUUGAUGUUGACUUUAUAGACAGAGAGAUGUCUGGGCCAACUUGUACAGACAAACUUGAAUACAGAGCACACAACUGUCCCACCUUGCUGAGGAAAGAAUUCAAGGAGCUAUUCCCUCAGAGAAAUAUUAUGGAUGGUACCUUGGUUAUCAUAACGAUAUCACUUAAGACAGAAAAUGAUAUGACAAUAUGGUCCUCAGAGGUGGAGCAAGAGCGAGAGAAGCUUCUGGAAAUGUUCAUCCAAGGUGCUGUUGAGCUUUGUCAAGCUUUUGAUGACUCUGGCUUCUGGGCUGAUUUUAUUGACCCAUCAUCUGGAAAACCUUUUAAAAGCCCCCACACCAACUUCACAUUGUUUGAAACAGACGAACGUUACAGGAAACUUGGUUUUGACAUUCGUGAUUUGGGCUGCUGUAAGGUCAUCAGUCAUCCAGUGUGGGGAACACGUUCUUAUAUUGGCUCUUUGUUUACAAAUGCACCUUUAAAUCACCCGAUACUGAUGAACCUGAGCUACCCUCAUUAACUUUAGUUGGUUAGAAUGUCACAUGUAUUUAUAGAUAAUCAGGCGCAAUGCUAAUAAAUAAUUAUUACAAAGCUGGCAACCAUUUCCAAAGAUACAUAGAAAAAGAGUUUGGUUAUAAAAUGAUGCCAACAUUCAUUCUUAAGCCUGCGGUGGGUGUAUAAGUAACAUCAUCAAGUUGUCAUUCAAGUUUCAAGUGGAGUUGUGUGUUGACUUGUGAGCAAUCCAGCUUGUAGAACGUAGUGAGUUACCUUUGAAGAACUCAGUGAAUCUGAGAAUGUGCCCGGUCAGUACAUGGAACCGUUUACCUGUGAAUUUCUCAUUGUUGUGGUCAUGUUGAUACAACGGAAUAAAUUUCUUUUUGAA